GUCACGUCAAAGCGCUUUAGCGAGGUGUACAAAAAAUAUCAUAGAUAAAUAAACUGAAAUGUAAACACCUCUUUUCGAAGCCAAUAUUGUCUGACGUUUUACGACAGACAUUCAUUUCAUCAAAAACCAAAAUUAAUGUCGCCGUGCCUUGAACAAAAUUUUCGUGUAACAUUGGCUAAAUAAAUUCGCCGUCGUUGAAAUUGCAAUGAGUCAAAAGCAAAGGAGGAAAGUAAAGUCUCCGCCGUAUAGAAAAGGGCGUCCUCUGCAAGCGUUACAGACGCUCAUCCCAUCUGAGUCGGUCAUCGCUAACCUGCAGCCCGUCAAGGAAGAAACGAAGGCGGAACUUGUGGAAGACUCCCCAGAACGGUAUGAGACCAGUGAAGCCUUCAAAUCUGAAGUUGAAAGGUUCAUAGAGAUAUCAAAGUACUUUUCAAGCCCACUCCGCAAAACUGCAUCGUACAUAUGCGAGAAUCGCCUUGUCUCGUACCCGACUGUAUUCAGGAUUGAGUACAAACGGGGGGUUAUGACAACGGAGCAUUUGAAAUUCAAUAACAUCACCUUGGAGCCUGUUUACAUAAGACUGUUCAAACUCAUUCCUGAUUUGGAACAAAUUAGGUUUACGAACUUGUCCCUAUCGCGGUGUAAGAGAGUUCCCCCGGGUUUAUCUUUCAACCUAACAUUUGUGUACGACGAUGUGAAUGAAAAACCACCUACAAAUGCAAAAAUGAUAUUCGUAGCCUCCAGAAAAACAUCAACACCCUGUUAUCAAAUAUGUGAAAUUGAGUUAAAUAUUGAUGCUCAAAAGAUUCGAUUACCAUUUUAAUUGAUUUGAAAAUCUCUUGUGUAAUAUUUCUAUGAUAUGGAAUUCUAAUUCUGGUUUAGAAAGUGUCUACAAUUGUUUUAUUUCACCAGUUAGGUCAAUGUAUCAGUAUA